AUGGCGUGGUGGAAAACAGCCUUGAUUGCCCUGUCCUGGGCUCGUCUCUCACUCCAAGCACAAUGUCGACUGGCGCAAGAAGAUAAACCACGUCUGUUCGUACUCAGCGAUAUUGCAAACGAACCAGAUGAUGCGCAGUCCCUCGUGCGCCUGCUGGUCUACGCCAAUGAAUUCCACAUCGAAGGCCUCGUCGCAACCACCAGUAUCUGGCUCAACGACACUACACGUCCUGAUCUGAUGCACGACAUUGUAGAUGGCUACGCACAGUCCCUGCCAAAUCUCCAAGCCCACGCGACCGGGUGGCCAGACACUGCAGAUAUAAAAAAGGUAAUCGCCUCCGGCCUCCCAGUCUAUGGCAGGGACGGAGUCGGCGAGGGGAAAGACAGCACCGGGUCCAGACUCCUCGUCGAGGCAGUCGAUGCCUCCGACAAACCUUUAUGGAUUCCCAUCUGGGGCGGCGCAUCCGUUCUCGCACAAGCUCUCUGGCACGUCAAAGCAACCAGACCGGCUUCAGAAAUCGACCGCUUCGUACAGAAGAUCCGCGCAUACUCAAUCUCCGACCAGGACAACACAGGCCCAUGGAUCCGGCGCAACUGGCCACAACUAUUCUACAUCGCCAGCGUGCACCACUUCAACCGCUACACCGUCGCGGCGUGGGGAGGAAUGUCUGGCGAAAUGUACUACCACUUCCCAAGCGGGGCAGACGCCGAGCUCGUCUCGCCGGAGUGGGUGCGCGAGAAUAUCCAGAAUACAGGACCCCUUGGGUCCAAGUACCCCGACGCCGAGUUUAUCCUGGAGGGCGAUUCCCCGUCGCUGCUGUAUAUGAUCCCCAAUGGCCUGUCGGACCCCGAGCAUCCGGAAUGGGGCUCGUGGGGUGGUCGAUAUGGGCCGGUGGCGUACGGGGAGGGCCACUUUGCCGAUAGUGUGGAUACACUGGUGGACUCGGACGGACGAACGAUCAUGGGCUCGCAUGUUACGAUCUGGCGAUGGCGCGAGGCAUUCCAGAGGGACUUUGCGGCGCGCAUGCAGUGGACGGCGACGGGUGAGUAUGACAAGGCCAACCAUGCACCGAUUGCUGUGGUGAACGGUAUCCCGGGACGGCAUGUCAUUGAAAUGGUAGUCACAGCCGGUGAAGAGGUUAUUCUCGAUGCCGGCGAGUCCUGCGAUCCGGAUGGGCGUGUUCUCUCGUUCAAGUGGUGGCAGUACCGCGAGCCGUCGUCGAACAACAACACGCCCAGGCGAGACGUGGCAGACCUAGAAAUCAGAGAGCCAGAGUCUCCUUCGACGACUGUUACGAUUCCACCGGAAGACGUCCUUCGACGACCAGGCCGAAAUGCGCAUCCGGAGAGCGAUAAGCACCUGCAUUUGAUCCUGGAGGUGUCGGACGGUGAGCUCGUGGCGUAUCGGCGGAUCAUACUCACGGUGAAGUCUCCAGGGGUGGGCCAUGAUGAGCUGUAG